AUGAAAUUAUUCAUAGCUCUUUUAAUCAAUCUGAUUGUGCCAUCAUUGCAAUAGUGCGUUACUGUUUAACCAAAUAUUACAUAUUACACCAGUUUGGGAGAAGUUUAUAGAUGGCAAGCAGAUUCAUUAAUAAAAGGAAGCGGACUAAAUUAUACUUUAACACAAUCAAGUUUCAUGGAAUACCAUCCAGCCUUUGCUUAAAUUGCUCCAGAAAAAGACCAUUAAGGAGGUAAUAACAUUCUAGAUAAGUUAGUUUAAAGUGUUGCUUAUGCAUUGAGGGCUUACGACAUUGCAAGUACAGGGGCAUGGACAAAUCACUUCGCCUAUUUAGAAAUGGAUUCUAGUAAAAGACAAUAUGACAUAUAUUUUGCAAUUGGAUCUGUGAUAGAUAUGGACUAAACUCCAAAUUUCGAUAAAAAAGUUUAGCUUACCAGAAGUGAAUAAUUGAUAGAUUGCUUCGACAUAGAAUAUAUUAAUCCAGAAUUGUGGAUAGUUGACUGUGCAGAAAGAAGCAGCUAAUCAGAUUAGCCAAUGAAAAAUUAUUUGUAUUUUGUGACUUAGAAUGACAGUCCCGACACAGCACUUGCAAAUCGAUAGGAAGUUCCUAAUCAUUAAAACUAUAAAUCAGUAAAAGGACGUAAGUUUUAAUAUCAUGUAUAUUAUAAAACAAAUAUGGGUGAAGAAAACGAGUUAGUAGCCCCAUAACCUAAGUAGCCAAUUAGAAUGCUAUUAAGGGGUUAAUAGGCCUUUAAUUCAGAAACUGGAAAUUUGACUGUUCUAGAUAAUGAUUGUUCUAUUGAUUUGCUGAUGAGAAAUGAUGAUGGCAUAAUAAAAGACACAGGAAAUAUUCUAAACAAAGCAAGAAUCAGUGCUGAUAUCAAGAAAGCUGUUAAUUUUACAUUGAUAGAUUUCAAGGUCAUGCCUAAUGGUAGAGUUUACAUUUUAGAUUAAACAGAAGGAAUUUAUGUUUAUAAAGUUACUGAGGAAGGAGAUUGGAAAUAUGUUCAAACAUUACAAUACAAUGGAAAGGCUAAAGCUUAUGCCUUUGAUAUAAAUAAUAGAUUGCUUGAAGAUGGAAAUUCUUAUUUACAUAUAGCAAUUGUAUAUGAAUAAAAUCUAAUGACUUAUCUUAAUGAUAGAAUGGAAAGAGGAUUUAGAUUACCAUUUACAGCCACUUAUACUGCAUAAGUUUCCUUAAGUUAAUAAUACGUAGUGGUAGUCAAUUAGUAAACUCUGUACCUUUACAACACAGAAAAAAAUUAUUUGUUACAUAAAGAAAUGUUGAUAUCUUCGAAUUACCUUGUGAAUCCCUAUGCUCCAGAUGUCGUCGUUGUAUCUGAAACCAUAUCUCGAAGAUAUGAAUUAAGUGAUGGCUAUUUAGAAUGCUAGAAUACAAAUCUGAUUGAGAAAAACACACUUAAAUUAGUAGCAACUGAUGGAAACUCGGUGUGUCAAUCAAUUAUCAAUUAUUAAAUAUUACUACCAGACAAUACUAAAGUGUUAGAAUUAGGUCAUAACCCUUUUCCACCUAUGAUCACUUUUCCUGCCUUACCUUUUAGUCUACAAGACUUGGCCUCAGGACCAAACCUGGAUUAUGUCACACCAGACGUGGAUCAUGUUGAUGUUGAAGUCACAGUGCAUUUCUUAUGGGAAUUAGAAGUUAAGGAAAUUAAAUGGUUUGAUGCUGCAAGUGUGGUGUAUGCAGAUGUUCUCGUUGACCCUCAUCACACAUCUUCUAAUAAAUUUUAUUUGUUUUUAUAACAUAAAAAUAAGACAGCCAUUAUUUGGGAUUGUUCUACAGUAAAUUAUAAUGAUAAUCAUUGCACAUGUGAAAAAUAGGAUGAAUUCACAUUACCAAUUACAUUAAAUAGAUUCAACUCUCAAUUUGAUUGGUUUACAUUUGAUUCAGAAGCCUUAAACUUUUAAUUUUAAGUUAGUGACUAUGAAAUCGAAAUCUAUCAAUCAUUCGAUAAUAGUCAUUAUAAAAUAGCAAAUAUCACUUAUGAAGAAAAACCUGAAAAUAGGAUUACUUCAUUUACAUCCUUGAAAUAAAAUAUCUUUAUUGUAUUGCAAUAUAAGAAAGAAAUUGAUGUAAUCUCUGGAAUAGUCCCAGCUGUCUAAAAAUUCCCAAUAGACGAAGACUUAAUUAAUUCUUAUAAUCUGAAUUGCACAUUCACUCCAAUAAAAGUCUAUGGGAAUGUCUUUGUCAAAAGCGAAUUCAUAUUCAUAGUAACUGAGGAUUGCGUAAUCUUAGGGGACCAAAGGUAUCAUUUCACCCUUAUCGAUGCAUUCCAAUAUAAACGAGGCUCCUAGAUUGAAUUAGCUAUUGGUUAAAAAACAUUUUUCAUCAUCACAUCGUUGGAAGGGGAAGACUCGUUAAAGGAGUAUAACUAUGAAAACCUUAAUGACAUCUAUUUAAUGAAAUCCUUACCUCUUUAUAAUAGAUACAAAUUAUAAUUGCCAUUGACAAUUGAUUUUGUCUAUGAAACAGGAUUCUUGUUUAUUAGAGCCUUUGAUAAGAUUCUGAGUGAGACAGUAUUUCUAAUUUAUGAAUCUAAUAUUCUAUAUAGGAAUUCUUUGCAUAAGGUUCUAAAAACGCAUUUAAAUAUUCCAGAUUCAUAAGUAAUCGAAACUGCUGCUUCAGGGUUCGAUCAAAUGUUUGUUUAUUUCAAUGAUCUAAAGACAUAGCAUUUAGUUGUGGUAUUAAGAGAUUCACUAAUGGAAAUUAGGCCUACUCAUCUUAGUGAAACUUACACAACCAAUUUAAAUGCUAGAGUAAGCAUUCAGAAUUCGUUAUCGGAUACUAGUUUGGCCGUAAGUUAUCCAGUCAAAUUCAUCAAUACAUAAUCAAUAGUAAGACUCAAUGAAACCAUACUUAGCAAGAAUCGUUAUGAAUUCGAUGCAGUAAACACUAUCCAAUAUAUAAAAUUAGAAAAUAAUGGGUGGUAUUUAGGUCAUGUUACUAAAUUUUAAAUAGAUUGUUUGUAAUGCUAAAAAGGUGUAAUAGAAAUUAAGAAUCCUUUUGAAGCUGCUAAUUUGAGUAAUGUUGAAUUUGCUAGUCACAACAUUAUAGAUGGCUCAAAGUUUAAGGAUACAGUAGUUUAUUUAUCAUCUCCAAAAUCCUUAAUAUUCCAAAACGAUGAUGACACAAUCAAAUUCAUUUCAAAAAUUGAUGUCGGAUUAUAUUGCUAAUCAAUCACAACCUACAAUCAAUUUAUUGUAGUAUCUUGCACUGAUGAUUAAUCAUAGUAAAUACUUUAUGUAGCAAGUUGUGAUUUGUCACAGUAAAAGUGUACUCCUAUCUAAUCAACUACACCAAUUUAAUUGAAUCUUAAACAGAUUUCUAAAAUUAGAUAUGUAAACUCAGUGUUGUAUCUUCUUGAUUCCAACUUAGACAAUCCUAAAGAUUAUUAAGGAAGUCUCCAUGCUUAUUAAAUGUAAUUAGAAGCCCAAUGGAGUCUAAAAAAUGAAAAGAUUUUUGAUGCUCAAUAUUUCGGAUAGAAGACUGACUCUGAUUUCUACAUUUCAGAUUUUGACAUUGCAUAAUUCCAACAAGGCAAUACAUAAUACUAAAAGAUUCUACUUUAAACGACUGGAUAAACAACCUAUUUCAUUCAACUUUAUUUAGAUAAUGGACUGAUAAAGGAUAAUCACAAAGACUCAUUCUCCUUAACAAAUAUUUUAAAUCAAAAUUUCGCUGUCAAGUCGAAUACUAAAUUCUAUUAAAUUAGAGUGCUAUCCAUAUCUACCUAAACCAACCUACUCAACAUCACCACUCUAAUAACAACUAACAAUGUGGCCCAAUAUGGAAUAACAUUUUCCUAUGACAUAACAAAUCCUUUGAAUUAAGGUUCACCUGUUAAAAGUACCAUUAUGAUUCCUUUCAUUCUUAACUAAUAUGGAGUUUAUUAAGCAUUAAAUAAACUGACUGUCAGCCAAGAAUAUGCUGUGAUUCCUUAUACUAACUACACUCAUUUACUCAUAAGUGUGUACAAAUUACCCCAAUUAACUGCAGCUACAAAUACAAAUACAACUGUGAUCACUAUGACAGGAGCCACCUUGGAAGCUUUGGAGAGUACUUCCAGAAUGUUUGCUCUGGUUUUGUAAUAAGAUCCUAUUUCUAAGAGUCCUGCCGUGUAUUAAAAUAUUAUUAAAAGCGAAAAAACUUAAGCUUACGUGUUGAUGAAAUAUCCAAUCUAUGACUUUGCAAGAGUAGCCAUUAUAAAUGGAGUUUAAAUAAAAUCCUAACCAGUAUAUUUGAAAGUAGAAAAUGAUUAUAGUUUUGCAAAUGGACUUUUCGAAAUAAUCAAUAAAUCAGUACCUCCUAAACCAGAUGAUGAUGACAAAGGCAGUUCUCUACUUUGGCUUUGGAUACUCUUAGGUGUCAUUGGAUCCUUAGCAUUGAUUGGCGUAGUUGGAUAUUUUGUUUAUACCAAAAUUAUUAAAAAACCUAUCAUGGUAACAGAUAGCGCUAAGGUUUCUUUAAUGCAAUAGUGA